AUGGCCUCGAAGCUAGGACGCAGGUUGGAGUCACCGGAAACUCUGGGUGGCGGAGGCUGGACCAGAAUCAAAUUCCCUCCUCCUGCACCAAAGCGAGCCGCCACCUGCUGGUGUUUAAAUAAAUCAGGUUCCAGAAAGCUGACUCUGAUCUGGAUUAUAUUCAGUACAGGCUGGAAUAUGAAAUCAAGUCUAAUCAUCAUGAUUCAGCAGGAGAGAAAAAUCCAGUAACGCUCAUAAAGGAAUUAUCAGCCAUAAAGUCUCAAUACCAAACUUUGUACGCAC